AUGGAAGGUAGUUGUUGUUCCUUUGAUAAAAAUGGUCGAUUUUUAGCGCUUUUAACCCCAGAUGGACGCCUUAAGUUAUGGGAUUGUACUUUCGGAUCAUUAAAGCAUGAAUAUACAUCGCCAUCACAUCUUUCAACGACCUGUACAUGCCUCCGUUGGAGCCGAACUUCGAGGUCUUCGGUGAGUAUUUUAGUCCCUGGAGAAAUAGAUCAUGUUUUCUCGAAAUAGUCAUUUCCUCUGCACAAUUCGCGCGUAGACAAAGCGUAAAAUAUAGUGCUCAACCUUCGUUAGAGUCAGGCAUAACAUUUCUUUCACCAAUGUUUGGUUGAAAUCCCUACGUUUUGAAGAAAUUCCCUAACCCGCCAACAGCCAGUGAGAUUGUUAAGCUUCAUUUUGUAAUUUCUGGUUUUGAAAGACUCCGUUUUUGUUUACAGCGUGAUUAGAUUUUUUAGCGUUUGCUUCGACGCUCGCAUGCAUGGCAAUGUGCUGUGCAAUUGAAGAAUAAACGUUCCAUGCAACGUAAUUUCUUAUUUAAAAGAUUUCUACGUUGUCUUCAGGUGUCCUGUAUACGUAUGCAUGCAAAUUUCAGCAAAUUUACAAUCAAGUCACGCAGUGUUUAUUACACGCUAAAAAAGCGCAAUCCCUUUCUCUGUUUUUAUCUGUACGGUUAAUGCUAAAAAAGUUGCCGAUGACAAGCAUUAUAUAAAUUGUUAGGAGUUUGUCAUUUUAUUAGUUAAGUUUAAUUACCAUCAUUUUUACAUCUAAUCGUAAAAAGAUGUGUUAUUAAGUUUAUUGGAAAUGCCUUAAUGUAAAUGUAACGUAACGUUAAGAAUAUCUGCGAAAGAGAGAAUUAUCGUUUACAGUAUUCUACUGUAAGAGCUCUGUAAAACCCUUGACCCUAUAGUUUUGAUUGGUAACUCUUCAUUGAAAGGAUAUUUCCUUGAUAUCGUGGCCCAUGUCACCAAGAAACAUGUAGGUGAUGAAAAUUAUGUGAGAUUUGUCUGAGAGAACAAAAAUGGUGUUCAAACAUUAGUCAGACUGUAUGCAUAGACAGCGCAAUCUCAAUAAUGAACUUUUUCAAAUAAUGGUCAAUAAAAAGAUGCACUGUAAAGUUCCAUAAAAAAGACCCCCAUGUGGCAAUGUCAUGGGACAAUAUGACUUGGAACAAAGUGACCGUGGAAUGAAAUGACCAGAUACUUGGUAGAAUGUAUGCCAGUGGUGGAUCCAUUACCAGCAGAGGUUUACUGCAGAAAGUUCCUAAAAUAAAGCAUUUUUGUUAUUUGUUAGGUUGUUCAAAGAAGGAAGAAGCAAAAGACUGCAAAAAAUACAACAGAUUCAGUUGUUGAUUCCAUAGCUCUUGGAACAUCAUCAGGGGAUAUUUUUGUAUAUAACAUUGCUGCCGGAGAAGUGAAUCAGAGACUAGUAAGAAUCUUUUUUUUUUCUUGUGUCCAUUCCAUUUUUGCCUCAAAAUUUGCAAAAUCUUGUGGAGGCAAAACAGAGUGUGACCAACAGAUUGCACCCCUUUAAUUCCGGUUGCUGUGGUAUGUCGUUUGUUCCACUAUACUGGUUAAUGAUGAGGGUCGAACUAAAAGGGAUGAAGAAAGGGGGUGAUUUUAUAACUAACAAUGGCAGAGGUGAGAUGAGCAGGCAUGUACCCUUUUGAAAGGACAAGUUUACAGAUCCAGUCUUGGCACAAUUUUUGAGAUGGUCAAGUAUUUUUACUGAUUUUCUCCAAGUACAUCUAAUUUCAAGGACAGUAAUUCUUAUCUCCUUAAUAAAUGCCGGUAUUUCUAUGAGAUGCUAUCUCUGUCUUAAUAAGAUUAUAUGAAAUAUCUUAGUUAAAUGAAAUUCAGACAUUUAAUAAUGACAGUAUUUUUGUUACUGUCUGGCCUCUGAUACAUAUUGUACCCCCGACAUGUGGAUACCUUUUAUUGUUGCAAGAAGAUCUUUGUUGCAGCAAGAGCACUGUAGUGACAUGUUUCUAUUGAAAGAUGAAGAUUUAAAUAAGUUUUUUCGGUGUGAAAGAUGUUAGUAUACAUGUGUGCAGAUCUGUGUAUACGUUGUAAGUCAACAUUUUUUUUUAUCAUUUUUCAGGAAGGUGGUCAUGACAACAGAGUAAAUGAUGUGUGUUGGAGUGAAGAUGACAGCACAUUAUAUUCUUGUUCAAAUGAUAAACAUAUAAUAGAAUGGAACACAGAAAAUGGCCAGAGAAAAUGGUAAGAUGCCUAUUAUCAUAAUAUUUUAUUUUAAGGGUCUGAGCUCGCUGCACUAAUAAGUCCCUCUCUUGAGUUCAUGUGUACCUUUGAUGCCUUCCUUAUUUAUUUAUGCUUCAUUUUUUAGGUUGCUUUUCGUUUCAGUGUUACUAGCCACUGUUCAGGAAGUGGGCCAGUUCUCAUCCCUGAAAUGAUUUCUUGGGGAAAAAAACUGGACACCUUUGAGCAGUCGCUGGUCAGCAAAUGUAACCUGGCUACAGUGUUAGUAAAGUCAAGUCUUGGAAAGAGUGUAGGAAUUUUGCUCAGGGGAGCUGGCAGGGCCUUAUUUUGUGUCUGCAAAAUACGUUGGCCUUGGUGGUGAUGCCCCUUCUCUAAAAUUAAUCACAAACUUGUUUAUGAACUUGUGUUUUGUCUUCUGUAGUAAGUGGAAAGCUGACAAACAUGGAGUGAGAUGCAUUGAACUUGGUCCCAAGGGAGAUACACUGCUCUCUGCUGGCAGAAGCAUUAAAUUAUGGGAUUUAGAGACAAAAGAAAAUCUAAGGGUAAGAAAUAUAAAAUGAAUGACAAGGCUGAAGUGCAAUAUUAAUGAGAUGAUGGCAAUGACUCUUGGGCAAAGAAUGUGGUAUUCACCAAUAAUCAGCACCCUGAGUUUAAAAGCUCUAAUUUUUUACCUAUGUUGUCCACACCUGUAAAGGGGAUUUUAUGGCUGAUACAAUCAAAUGCAUAAUAGUGGAUUAAUGCAUUUGAAGUCGCAAUGUUCUUUGCCAGUUCUUGGGGGAGAAUAAGUCGCACUCAUUAGGGAAGAGAAUUCAAUAAUAAGAUAAAGGCUGGACACCAAGUUUUAUAUAACUGAUAGGGGCCAGAAACUAGUUUAUCUGACUGUGGUCAUAGUAGACAAGAAACAAAUCAGUCAACUGUAUCCUUUAAAUUUUGUGCCCAAAAGUUUUAUUUUAACAAACUAAAUUAGGCAAGACUGAAAGUGUCUUUUAUUUCUUUCCUGUCUGAAGAAAUUUACAGGUCACGCAACGCCAGUGACGUAUCUCUCAUUUAUACCAAGUUCCUUGUCACAUGACACAAACGCCAACCACGUUCCUAGUAAUGGAAUCAGUGGUAAUUAUUUCAUUUCCGGAGCAGAACAGGACAGACUUGUGAAUGUCUGGUAAGUUUUUUAAAAGCAAUUCAUACUAUUUGUACUCCAUUUUGAACAGCUGAAGGUCAAAUUAUUAUGAAUGAUCGUGAUAAUAAUUCAGUAGUUUUAAUGUGAAUCUUGAUAGUCUGGCAUAAAAUUCAGUAAAGUAUUAUUAUUUAAAUAAUAAUCACUAAGUAAAAUUUGUAUUUUGUUGCAGGUAUGUUAGCUUGGAAGCUCAUAACAAAAAUGCGUUAGUUUCACUUUCUCUCACAGACGAACCCAUUGUAGUUGAUGUUAUACGUCACAGCAAUCAAGACAAGGUAAAAAAAGUAUCUUCUUGUAAGUGUGGUAUAAUAAGGCUGCACAAAUGUUGGUGUGGUUGAUCUCCAUAAGGGGCAAGGGGAACCGCAAUGUAUGGGCUAUAUAGGUACAUGUAUGUGCCGCUGUGAAGGGGAGGGGAUUUUAAGCAGGCUAGUUUGGGAUAGGGUGAAGAAAUCAGAGAGUUUUGAUAGAGCGGUUUUCACUUGACUGUCUAAAGGGAUUGGUUUUGGUUUUGAUUUUGGUUUUACUACGCCCUUUGGUUGGCUAGUGUAUUUACUUUGGUUUUGGUUUUACGACAGUCAAGUGAAAACCGCUCUAUAGCAUGAAAUAUCAUUUAUGUGAAAUUGAUCAGCAUUAUAAAAAGUUGACUAAGAAAAACUGUACAGUGUAUGGACCCUCAAGCUCUAAAUCCAUGAUUCCAAGGAGUGUACCGUAUAAGUUUCAUGCAAAAGAUAAGAUUUCCUUGUAGCCUAAUGCCAACAGUAAGACACCAUAGGCCUCUGGGUGAUACUGGAACACGUCUCUGUAUAACAAACAUAAAAUACAGUGUGGUUUUUUUUUCAGCCUGUUCACAUUGCUGUAGUCUCAAAAGAUGGACAAAUACAUAUUUUCGAAUAUUCACUAAAUGGGUGAGUUGCUUAUAUAUCCUUCCUACGGUUUUCAUGGCAGUGGCUGGUAGAGCCACACUCUUGACAAAAUGCUUCAUUGCAUUUUGGUGAGAAAAGAACUAAACCUUUGUCCAGUAAUUCCCUGGCACUUAGAGAAGUCUGAUCUGUGAACUGUUUCUUAAUUAUUUUUUUUUCAUAAAUUCAGCUCCUCCUUAACCUGUCUUAUCAUUGAGGAGACCUUUUAACAUAUGUCUUUCUCUUUCAAUUUUAGGGGUGUUAAAAAGCCCCUAAGACCAACGAGAACUAUUCAGCUAACCAGUUCUGAGAAAAAGGUAUUUAAAAAAAGUAAUUCAUUUCUUAAUGUUAUUUAUUUUCGUUGAACCCAUGCUCAGCAUCUUCAGUUCUUAGACAUGAUUGAUGAGACAGGGUUCCAUAAAGGUUUAUUUAUAGUGGAAAGUGCACUUAGCUUAAUUCAGCUAUUUAACACUGAGGCACGCCAUUUAAAUACUUAGAAACAAAAUAUACAAAUACAAGGUAACAGGAUUAAAAACCCCAACUGGCUGGAGGCAACCAGUUGGCAGUUUACAAGCAUGGCAGAGGAUUUGAACUUGGGACAACCGAGAACAAAUCCAGCAAGUGGCCAGAACGGGAUUCAAACCCAGGAGCACCUGAUUGCGAAUCCAAUGCACUGACCACUCUGCUACUCUGCAAAAAGCGCUUACAAAAUCUUUCAGCCACCAAGUGCUGGCCAAAAAACAUGCUGUCAAUGGUGACAUUAAUUUUGUGUACUUACCACUGUCACUUAACCCUUUAAGCCCCAAUAUCCAAAUACAAAUUCUCUGGACUAAGCUCCAUACAUUUCCUUAAAGAAUUGGUUACGAGAAUUUGUUUGUAGAUCAAAGCCUUUCCCAUCAGGUGAUCAUUUCAUUAAUUCUCACAACAUUUUCUCUUGAUAUGUAUUUAUGCUGUUGAGAGAAAAUUGACUUUGGUCACUCUUGGGACUAAGGAGGCCUGGGAUUUCCUCCCACUACUAUGAGCAUGACCCCAAUCACUUUCAUUGGAAAUGAAUGGGUAAUAGAACCAAAUGAAUUUCCUAGCUGUUCACUUGCCAAACCCCCUGCUUACCACUUCCUGUAAUGGCAUUUACCCAGGAACUUGAAAUCGUAAGUGACUGCCUUGAUACUCAAAUUACCUUAGCCUUUUUAAUACCUGUUAACAGUUGCAAUCAAAAGGUACGAACUGAAUUGGAUUUUCAGUCAAAUUAGAGUUUUAUUUUAUAUUAUGCUUAUCGUUACAUUGUUUUUGUUUGGUAGGAUGGAACACCAUCACCCAUACCUGUGAUGUGUAUCCGAUUGCUAGCUGAAGCAGAGCCUUCAGUGCAAGUUGCAUUUGGUUCGACUGUAAAACCACAGUUUGAAACUUUGGUAAGAACUGAACAUACUAAUCCAACUAAACCAAACAGGGCUCAAAAGAAGUCCUUUAUGGUAGACUUUCCUCUCUGGGCAAGUAACUUUUAGAGCUCAAUUCCCCAAUGGGCAUCCAGACAAGUCAUCCUUGAACAAAAUCAUUAACUAAGAAAAGCAAGAAGUUGCCUGGGCAAAGGAAUAGCUGGGGUUGUCAAAAAAAGCUGGCAACGUUCAAAAAUCAACACCUACUCCAUGUCUUUGCUUGGCUUCUCUCUGAUUUUUUCAUAAAAGAUGGCUAAAUUAGCCACCUGCUUUAAGAAAGGGGCAUACUUCGGCACUUUCUGACAACCUUGCCAACAAGAGUUACAUAAGAAAUGACUCCAACAAGAAUUACAUGAACAUUAAUGAUAGUCCUCUAAGCAGCAACUUGUGUCAUUGCUUAUUGAUAAUUGACCAUUAGAAGCAAUAGCUAUUAGCAUUGUCAUGAAAUCUGUACUGAUGGUCUCCAAAAGUAUUUAACACUUUGAUUUUAAAAUUUUCAGACUCAAAAAGUAGCAGCUUUAUGUGUAAAAGUAUAAAGAGGGCCACAGAGUCAUCAGUGUCUUAGGACUACUGUUAAGUGUUUUACCCUCUUUAAAUAAAGCUUAUGAAAAAUUAAAAAAAUAAAAAGAGCGAUUAUUCUGUAAUAGCUUUAACUGAUAUACUAAUCAGAUAAUAGUUUAAUAUUAAUAACAUUUUUCCCUUGUAGGCCUAUUCAACAAUGGAAGAGCACACUUGUCUUAUACGUGAAAACUCAUCAAACCUACUUCUCAAUAAUGGAACUCAGGAAUCACUUCAAGUGACCAAAGGUCAGAAUUCACGGCAAGCAGUGACAACUCUUGGAGCAGGUAAUAUGGCAUUAGCGACACCUUCAGUUGCUGCUGAAGAGGGACAAACAAAAGGAACAAAAGGAAAGGAUAAAAAAAGAAGUGAAGAAAGAGUGAGACCAGAAGAACAGGCAAGUUAAGUGGAUUAAAAUUACCACUUAUAACUUUCAACUCAGGCUUUAUUUAUCCUUUGUGGUUAUUAUUAUCAGCAGCAAUGUUGGUGGCAAUAGUUCUUUUCAUCCUCAUCUGUUGAUGAGUCUUUUGAAAUGAGAAACUAUUUUUUCUCCCAUGCAUGCCACUUCAUCAUUUUUCAGACCAGACCUGACCAGUUUCCAUACGUUUCCUUUUAUUCAAUUCUCAUAACCUUUUCUCUUGAUAAUUUGUUGAUAUUGUUGGGAGAAAAUUGAUUUUGGUCACUAUUGGGAAGUAAAGGAUUUAAGUAACAAAGUCAUUGUUGUGAUUUACCUACAGAGCAUAGAGGAGAGGUUAAAAGCAAUAAACACAGCAUCAGCUGAAACACAAAGGUACUGUAUGGAGUCUACCACGUCAUAAUGAUGUUAUAAGCAUUAUUAUUUUAUUCUUCACCAGUUGGUCUACAUGGGUUUUAUUUCUGUGGGAUUUUUUGUUUGUUAUGUUUACACCACAGCUGAGUUAGAGCAGUUUCCAAGACAACUGAAGAGAAACUAAGUAAACUUAAAAAAUUGCCCGAGUCUUAAAAUAUUAAACCAGUUCAUAAUACAACGGAUGUCCGAUUAGCUCAGUUGGAUAAGUGCUGGUCUGCCAAGUGAGAGGCCACCAGUUGAUACCCCUGGCGUAGGGACUAAGUUGUGGGUCUUCAAAUAACUGAGGAGAAAGUGCUGGCUUUGACUUUGUAAUGACAUUUGCCAAUGGUUAGACUUUCUAGUCUUCUUGGAUAAAGCUGAUAAAGUAUAGGCCCUGUCUCACAACCCUUGCACCUAUAAAUUCUGUGGGACGUUAAGGAACCCGUGUACACUGUUUGUAAAGAGGAGGGCCGGGAUUUAGUCCCUGGUGUGGUAGUCUAUCUCUCAUGGGGGGAGGGACUAUUACAGGCCCACAGUAAUAUUGGUGCCAUGCACUGUUGCAGUGACCCUGCCAAGAAUUGCCUAACCUAAGUAGAUACAUCAUAUAUGGUUAAAAGACAAAUUUUACCACUGUGUACAAAACUAGCGCUUACAAGCCACAUCUUGAAAGUACAUGGAGAGAGUCUGUAUGCUUUUAAACUUUGUUCAUCCAACCUAGUAAUGGUCCCUGUAAAAAACUCAAAAGUAUCUUUUAAUUAGCAAUAGUCUUAUAAACUCCUUCAGUUGAGUCUCAAAAUAAUGUAUGCUAUCCUUUUUAGAAGAAAAGCAAGUGGUCCCCCGACAGCUGAUUCAUUAGUGCAGAUGUUAAUACAGGCUCUUCAUAGUCAAGAUAACAAUCUACUGGAGGUAAGUAUGAUAAUACACUGCAAGAAUGUGUUAAUCUCCUUCAUUAAGGGCCCAUACUGUAAUAAGUGCACUUCCUCAACAAAUCACCCUUCCUGCUUGGCCAAACUAGCACAUAAGCACCCCUCUUCUUCUUCCUUGCUUUCUUAAACAGUAACUUAAGUUACCACAGGAAAAUUCUCUCUUUUUUCUCACUUCUAUAAUUGUUUAAAAGUGAAAAUCGCCAGCAAUAUUACUGGAGCUGUUUUUUGCCAUCAAGUCAGUUCCAGUUACAUUCAUCUGCAUAUGCUGGCAGAGUUCUAUUAUAAAGAUCUAGCCAAAAGAUAGUUUCACGUUAUUAAAGAGAGAACAUGGAGAUUGCUCCUCUCCUGAUCAAGAGCCGUUUAUUAAAUAAGUGCCCCCCCCCCCCCCCCCACCCCUUUUGACAAGACACUGGAUGCUUAUUCAAGGUAAAUGAAUCACCGACUAUUCUAGAAGGCCUCUUAUAAUGUAUGGCUGGUCAACUGUUCUUUGUUAUUCCAGGAUGUUUUAUGGCAAGGGGGAAAAAAGGAAACAGUUAUGAAAAAUACAAUUAAAGGACUUCCAGUCACACUCACCGUUCCAUUCUUGACAGAGGUUUGUUGGAUAUUUUUUAUUAUUCACUGUUUUGUCAGAUCCCCUAUGUUCCCCUAUGUUCUUUUUUGUUUGUUUCUUGUUUAUUUUUGCAGAAAUUGAAGACAAAAUGGAGGUAAGUAUUGCUAGAGUCUCCAUUUUAAAUAGCAUGCUCAGUUGAUGGAUUCAUUUAUUUGUGUUUUAUUUAUUUUUGCAGCUUGUUCACAAGAUUGAAGCCAUGCCUUGGGAGGUUAAAGAACCCACACACUUUUCAGAAAGAGAGUCUCCAUUUUUCAAUAUGCCUCAUCAUUACUCAUUCCUUAACUUUGUAAACUGCACCUUAAGUGAAAGGAGAAAUUUCCCUGAAAACAAAAAUCUUUUAUAAUUUAGUUGCCUGUCUAAACCCAUCUGUUUUAAUUUCCUUCAACCCAUCUUAUUUUUCAAAUUUAAAUUUAGUUGCCUGAGAAAACGGCCAACACUUUGCAUUGCCACUAUAGCUACUGGUUCCAGUUUGGCAUUUGGCAGUGAAACCAGUACUGCUGCCAUGAAAAGUUGGCUGUUUCCAGGCUAUUAGUCUAACCAUCCUUUCACUGUUUAGUGUAUCUUCAGAACUUACCAUAGAAGCCUUGUCUUAUGGUGGUCAAGUGUACUUAUCCAGCUUUUUUCUUUAUUUGUUCUAGAGGAGCACAAUUAGUGCUAUGGAUCAAACAAAUUUUAAGUACUCAUAUGGCUUAUUUAAUGACGGUAAGAUGUUAUCUCUUUGAUGCCAAAGAGUGCAUUAUAUUGAUGAUGUGGGAACAUAAAAUUGCAACCAAGGAUGAAAAUGAGCCAUAUCAUAUACACUUAGACUGUUAAUAAUAAUGUAAUAUUUUUUCUGCUUUUUUUUUUAUUAAGGUCCCAGACCUCGUGAAGACCCUUGGUGGACUAUACGCCAUGAUGGAGUCACGUGUGAGCACUUAUGGUAAACUGUGCAAACUGCAAGGUCGUUUGGAUUUGAUGCUGUCGCAGGUAUGGCUUCAACCCUUUAAGCCCCAGUAGCCACAUACAAAUUCUCCAAACUGAUCUCCAUACAUUUCCUUAAAGAAGUAGUUGAGAGAAUUUGAUAAAAGAUCAAGGCAUUUUUACUUCGGUGAUCAUUUUAUUAAUUCUCAGGACUUAUCUGUUGACAGUGUAUGGAUAUUGUUAGGAGAAAAUUGGUCUUGGCCACUAUUGGCACUUAAAGGGUUAACUCUCCAGUUCAUCUUCCUGUGCCAAGGCUCAUACUAUAAGAAUUUUUGGGAUCAAUUUAGGUUAGUGGAAACUGCCCACCUACCCAUCCCCUAAGCUAAACAUAACAGUUACCUCUUACUUAGGGCAAAAUGUUGGCUUAGGGGAGGGGUAGGUGGGCAGUUUCUUAGAAACCUAAAUUGAUCGAAUUUUUUUUUGUACUGAAUGUGUCACAGUCUUACAUAGGAGGUUUGAACACAGUUGUUCCCUUUUCGUUGCUCUAUAAAUAAAAAUUAGCUUAACCUUACCUGGUGGGGGGGCACCACUUCAACUUUGCGCCAAUAACUGUUGGUCCAUGUUGCGUUAUUUUGCAUAUGGUAGUGUGGGUGGGGUUUCUUAAAUCCUUUAAAAUUGAUUAAAGUGCAGCAUAAGGAGUUAUCCCCUUAAUAUUUCUGCACCACUUUCCUCCGUGUGCUUGUUUCCAAAGAUUGUGUGAUGAGUCAUUACAAUAUUUGAUAGGAAUUGCCGUCAGAUCAGUUAUUAGCUGAAGACACCUUCAACUCUGACAGUCUCUUGGAAAUGAGCUUUGUGCCUAUUUAUAUUAAGAUUUUCUGUUUCUAUUGGUCCAACGUUUUUUUUUUAUUUUUUUGUUUGUAGGUGGAUUCCCAGAGCUAUAACACUGCAGAUGAUACAAUUCCUGGGCCAUCAUUUGUCUAUCAAGAGGAAGGUCUGUAAUAGUGAUAAUAUUUUUUCAGCCCGAAGGCCUCAUUUAUCUUCAUUAGCUCUUGUCUAUAUGAUAUCCUAGGUACUUUUCUGUUAACCACAGGUCUAGUAGGUCACUCAACAUCCCAGGAGUUGGAGGGGAGGGGGGUACGUCCUAACAAUACGCUAAUGGGGAUGUGCCGCUUGAUGGGGUCACAUUUUCAUGACUGGACUGACUAUAAUGGGGUUGCAUUGUCAAUAGAGUUACUAGAGUGAGGUCGCACAUUUUCAGGAUUUGGGGGUUAAAAAAUUCAGGUUGGCAGGGAUUUAAAUUGGGAAGAUUUUUACUGCCCUUAGUUUAACAAAUGUUUCAAUUCGUUUGAGGGUGGUAGUGACUAAGUUGGGAUACCGAAAUUACAAAUUACAUUUGGCCAAAAGUGACUAAGAUGGGGUCUAUAAUUGUGGGGUAGAGGUUUUGAUAGGCCAGCGGCACAUACCCAGCAAAAAUUAACCCAACAAGGCCCUCACAAUAAAAAUAUCUACAGUCAUUAACACAAAAGAGUGUGCCCACUAUAAAUUUCAAGGAGGCCACCCACCUACCCCUCCCCUAAUCUAACAUUUUGCUGUAAGUGAGAAGUAAUUGUUAAUGCUGGGUUAGGGAAGGUCGGUGAGCAGCUUUCCACAGUCUUACACUAAUGCAUUGCAGAAAACGCAGUAAAACGCUUUUUCCUUCUAAAACAGAUAAUAUUAUAACUGUGUAGCAAACCAGGUGUAUUUUCCAUUAUGAUAUUAACUGUUUCUGCUGUGUUAAGGCAUUGUAACACAUAUCUUUUUUGCCAUUUUUAUUUCUCUAUCCUUAUAGACUCUGAUGAGGAACCACUUGUACCUAUUGAGGCCGAAGACUCGGAAUCCGAUGUAUGUUCUUACUUAUUUCCUGUAACUAUGACACCGGGAAGACCGGAUAAUAAUUAUAGUUUUAUAGUAGCUGUCGCGUGCAGUUGCUAGGGAGCUUUAGCAAUGACGACGGCGACAGCGGCGAGAACGUCACUAUUUAAAAGACUUCGCUUUUUUCGAACUCGGUCGCGAUUACUCCGACUCGCGUAAAAUCUCAAAUGUAGGUGACUUCCCCUGGAUUUGCAUUCUUAGGGACUGCUGUCUACACCCUAGCCCGCGUGGCAGGCGUUAAAAGGGGAAGGGGAAGGGGAUCGGGGAAGGGGGAAUUUGGGCGCGCGAGGGAGAAAGUAAAGGAACGCGUUCCCCUCCUCCCUCCUCCCUCGCGCGUGGUCUCGCACCCUAAUUCUCUUUCCCUUCCCUUUCGAACGCCUGCCACGCAGGCUAUCUGCACCCAAGUUUAGAGGGAGAAAGAGAAAUCUGUCAUGGUGUGUUUACGUCCUCCUUAAGACGUCGCAUGAGGGAAUGUCACGUCGUAGUCGUGUAUCGACGACAAAGAAAGUACGAAAAGUGUGCUGCACGUACAAAGUUGUUGUUUUGCUGAUAAAACCUAUAACUUUUUUGACGUUCUCGUCGCCCUCUUCGUCAUCGCAUCUGAACGUCCCUUUUCUAGGCAAAGAAGACGAUAACAACAUCAGGUUCGUUUUAAUAACGUUGAAACUGUUUCUCUUUUGUAGGAAAAUUGGGAAGAAGAUCUUGAUGACGAAGACGCCUCAGAAUCAGAAUCCAAAGAAGAAAGUGAGGAGGAGACUGAAGCAGGAAAUGACAAUGAUGGUGAUGAUUACGAUGAGGAUGAUGUUGAAUCUGAGGAGGAAAGUUAA